AUGUUGGCACCUACAGCACGUUUCCUUCCGAGGUACAAGAAUACUUUUCUUCGAUCUAUUUCCAGCUUGUCAUCCAAUCCAUCCAUUAAAGUAUUUCCUGCAGAUGGAUCACGAGCGUCGUUCCUCCUAUCCUACCUUGAGGAUGAGCCACCCAAUCAAAGAAUAGCUAUUGGAUUUUCCACAAGGGACCCUCCUACACCGCAGUCCUUUAUCGAGAACCAAACCUUUACCAAAAUUCUCUACGAAGUCCUCGCCGAGCACGCGCAUAAGGAUAAGGAACUUAUCGCCCAGGCGCAAGCCUUCGCUGGCCCCGGCGGAGGCAACCUGGGCUCUGGGGGCAUCUUUUUUGCACAGCGAAACAAGAAGGGCUCUUCGGCCAAAGUGGGCGGCGGUGGUGGUGCUGGUGGAAGUGGUGCCGGAGGUGCGAGCGGCCAGGGCGGCGCUGGAGGAGGCGGACAUAGCGGUUAUGUCCACCUCAGCGACUCAAGGAACCCGCCAGACUUUGGCCGGAUUGCCUGGCCUGAAGACAUUCUGGGCAGUGUUGAAGUUGACCAGGGCGGGAACAUUAUUGGCAACCUUCAGCCUAGUGGGACGUACCGAAUCAUCACCAAUGAGGGAAUUCUCGGUCUCAGUCCUUUCCUAACAGAAAAGCUCAUCGAAAGGCUUCGUUCAGAGGACAAGAAGGACAGGUCAAAAUAA